UCCGGGCGUGCCCGGCCUUCGCGCUGACUCACAGCCCGAGUAGGGCAGUACCUGCUCGGCUGCAGCCAGGGCCGUGCCGUCCGGAGCCCAUCGGGGAGGCCCUGCGGAGCUCCGGGGCUCCAAAGCGCCGGAGUCUUCUCCAGAAGAACACUCUGCAGGUCCAGCACAGCUGCGAGCUAAGUUCCUGCACACAGAGCACGAGCUGAGGGAGCCCAAGACAGUCACCCAGGUCGACAUGAAGGUGGAAAUCCUGCCAGCUCUCACUGACAACUACAUGUACCUCCUCAUCGACCAGGACACCAAGGAGGCUGCCAUAGUUGACCCCGUGCAGCCCCAGAAGGUUUUGGAUGCAGUCAAAAAGCACGGCGUGAAGCUGACCACUGUCCUGACCACCCAUCACCACUGGGACCAUGCUGGAGGCAAUGAGAAGCUGGUGAAGAUGGAGCCGGGGCUGCGCGUGUACGGGGGGGACAGCAGGGUGGGGGCCCUGACACAGAGAGUGUCCCACCUGACAGCUCUCAAGGUGGGAUCUCUAAGUGUGAAAUGCCUCAGUACGCCGUGUCACACCUCUGGACACAUCUGUUAUUAUGUGACUAAGCCAAAUAGCUCCGAGCCACCUGCAGUUUUUACAGGUGACACCCUGUUCGUGGCUGGCUGUGGGAAGUUCUUCGAGGGCACCCCGGAUGAGAUGUACAAGGCACUGAUCGAGAUUUUGGGCAGCCUGGACCCCCAAACGAGAGUUUACUGUGGCCACGAGUACACCAUCAACAAUCUCAAGUUUGCUCGGCACGUGGAACCCAAUAACACCAGUAUCCAGGAAAAGCUGGCCUGGGCCAAGGCCCAGUAUGACAGCGGAGAGCCCACCAUCCCCUCCACCAUUGCCGAGGAGUUCACCUACAACCCUUUCAUGCGAGUGAGGGAGAAGUCAGUCCAGGACCACGCUGGGGAGACCGACCCCAUCCGGGCCAUGGGGGCCAUCAGGAAAGAGAAGGACAACUUCCGAGUGCCCAAGGACUGAGCACUGCCUGCAUCACUUUAAUGUCAGUUCAAGCAUCAGUUAGACCAUUCAGAUGUUUUAGGAGUCAAAUCUUCUGUUGUGGUUGAGACAAGUCUUAUUUAGGUUUUUAUUUUGUCUUAAUUAAGGAAAAAAAAAAGCACUUUGCCCUUGCUGAGAUGUUCUACAGCAUAUUUAUAUUAUGAUGAAGAAUAUUUAUGCUCCUCUUGCUGUCUCUCAAGCUGUCCCGUGUCACCUGCAGAUCAUUGUGCACGUGUUGGUGUGAGACUCGAGGCUGGGCUGGGAAGGAUCAAACCUGGAGGUUUAGGAAGAAGCUCCUGUUAUUUUUGUGGGAGCUUGAUGUGGAUGCAGAAGGUGGGACUGAGAUGUCUUUGUUUAAAGCAGAGACCAAACGCAGGAGCUGAAGAUUUCAAUGUUUCUUCCAUGCUGCUACUUCAACAUUCUGAAUGUUGCUUCUGGCUCUGCUAAAACCAGUCCCAGGGACAGACCUGCUGUGCCAGUGCUGGUUCAGGGUGUAAUUUGGGAGCUCCACGGGGUGGUCUGGCUCGUGGGGCCGUCCAGCUUCUCUCAUCCCUGGCAUGGGCCGCAGGGACCUCCCCAGGCUUUGCUCUGCUUGUACCCUCAGUCCCGAGCCUGUUUGCAUGAACCCGCUGCCCGCUCUUCCCUGUGACCUGUGUGUGACCUGUGCCAGCCCCACAAACCGAGCAGGGCUUUGUCUGAUGGCUCAGAAUCCAGAAGCAGCCACUCCAGGUGAGUGACUGUCCCACAGAGCAGUGGUGAGACCCUGGCAGCAGAUCUGGGGACCUGUGAGUGACGCGACAGGGGAGCAGUUGUUACCUGUCCCCAGGUGAGCAGGGCUGUGGGGUGGCACCAGCUCUUGUUUUGCUUUAAAAUGCUGAAUUUUAUGUAGUUCAGAAAGAAAAGUGAUACCUAAAGCUGUGGUGCCUCAUGGAAUGCUGUGCUGCCACACCAGAGUGUGACUGUACUGGUGGAUGUGACUGUACUGAGGGCUGGGACAGAGGGGAAAUAAAUAACGGCUGGAAACGGA